AUGGAUGUGGAAAAGGGUGGUCGUCGCUCUAAGGGUUUGAGUACCCUGGAAAAGUGUUUAAUAUUUCUCUUUGUAGCCAUGACUGGCGCCUGCAUCGGCCUGGUGGUUGUCUACUUCACUGACAAAAAUGACUCUACCCCACACAUAGAAGGGCCGGACUCUGGGUGUGGUGGUCCUCAGGAGCUGUCCGGAGAGUCAGGCACCUUCACCAGCGCUUACUAUCCCAGCAGCUACGAUAAUGGCCAGAGCUGCACCUGGCACAUCACUGUGGACCCUGAUAAGGUGAUCCAUCUUUGGUUUGAGGAGUUUGCUGUGGAAGAAACCCAGCUCUGCACGGCGGACUUGCUCACACUGAGGGACUCUUUGGGCACCAUUGGUAAAUACUGUGGCUACACUAAACCAAAGCCGCUGGUGUCGCUGACAAACCACCUGACGGUGUACUUCGACACCAAUGACAGAAAAACAGACCAAGGAUUCAAGGCUCAUUAUAAAGCUGUGGCUCCAAACCUCACACCAGAAAUAGCUGGAGCUGGUGGCUUUCUCCAAGGUGACCAGGGGGAUCUGAUGACCCCCAGCUUCCCAGAGACCUACAUGAAUGGAGCACUGUACCAGUGGAUGAUCACCGUCCCUGAAGGCGAGAGAGUACGUCUUACAUUUACCUCCUUUGACCUGGUCCCGGAGGUCUGUGGGGAUUUUGUUCAGGUCUAUGAUGGCGACAUAGCUGGAUCUUCUUCAUUAGGAAAAUUCUGUGGAGGGACGAUGCCAAAGCCAGUGGAGUCCAGCAGCAACACAAUGGUGGUCCGCUUCAAAUCAGACAACACUCUGACCUCUAAAGGGUUCAAAGCUACAUUCACCAAGUCCAGCCUUCCACCUGUUGUUGUUCCUACCACUACAGCAAAACCCACCACCACAAUGAAACCCAUAACCACCAACAAACCCACGUCAAAACCCAUCCCUGUAACCACACCAACCAUUCCAUCUUCCACAACUGCUGGAGAUACAGUCAUUCUUCAGGGCCGUAAAGGUGUGUUCCAGUCCUUGGGUUUCCCAAAUCCAUAUCCUGCUCAUCUACAGAGCUCUUGGAAGAUAUCUGUGGCUGAAGGGUUCCUUGUAAAGCUGCAGAUCACUGACAUUGCCAUCACGGGAGAGGCUGGACAGUGCAAGGAUGACAAACUGAUCAUCUCAGAUCAAUACAGCACACUAGGCACACACUGUGGCUACAUCCUCCCCCCUGUGGUGGUCAGCGCCAGUGACACAUUAUCUGUCACCUUCCAGUCCGACAGUCGCCUCACAGACCGAGGUUUCUCUGCCAAGUGGGAGGCUGUGUAUCCAGAGGAUAUCACAGAGAUCCAGGGCUGUGGCUUUUCCUCCAAAGACCCAACAGGAGUCAUCAAGUCCUUGAACUGGCCGAUGAACUACAAGGCUAACAGUGAGUGCAUGUGGAACAUCGCUGUGCCUGUUGGGAAAACAAUGGCACUGAAGUUCACCCACUUUGAUCUGGAAGCCAAAGAUACCCAGACAUCCAAAUGUUACGAUAAUAUUGAGGUGUACGACAUCAACGGUGAGACUAACGAGCAGAUUCAAAAGCAUGGUCCAUUCUGUGGGACUACGCUGCCGUCUACCAUCCAGACAAAAGGCAACAGGCUGGUGAUUCGUUUCCACACAGACUCGUUUACUGAGGCUAAAGGCUUCAGGGCCUACUGGACAACAGACACCAGCCUGCCCCCUCCCACAGAACCCCCUGUUCAGCCAAACCCCUGGGACGACAUCCCAAUAGAAUGGCCCAGUACUUGUGGGAAACCAGCGAUUCCCCCUGCUGUUAUGUCUCGCAUUGUGAACGGAGAGCCAGCCAAGCCGCACUCAUGGCCCUGGCAAGUGUCCAUGCAGGUCUGGCCCGAUAGUCGACCAGAUCCGGAAUUCUUCCACACAUGUGGAGGCACUCUAAUUCACAAGAACUGGGUCCUUACAGCAGCCCACUGCUUUAUGAAAUAUGCUGAUGAGCUGCAGCGGUGGCGCAUGUGUCUGGGCAAACACAACCUGACCUACACAGAGCCGAGUGAACACUGCUUCGGUGUGACUGGUAUCUAUCGCCACGAGGGCUUCAAGUAUCCCACAGUGCCCACGGUGGAGUUUGACAUUGCCCUGGUUAGACUGGAUGGGGAGGUGACAUCCAGUGAUGAGAUCUCCUACGCCUGCCUGCCCUCAGAGGAAGAGGUCCUACCAGGGGGCAAGAAGUGCUACGCCACCGGCUGGGGAGACGAGACUGGUGAUUCAAUGAAUGCUAAAGUAGCAGAGGCUCUUAACCAGGUCGCUUUGCCUGUUGUGCCACAUGACACCUGCAAGAGGAUGGACUACUGGUGGUUCCAGGUCAAGACCUCCAUGAUAUGCUUAGGAUAUACCCUGCCUGACGAGCUCAAGUCUGUCUGUCAGGGAGAUUCAGGUGGUCCUCUGGUGUGCCAGGAUGCUCCUGGUGGUCCUUGGGAAGUUCAUGGUAUAACCAGCUUUGGCCCCAUAGGAUGCAUUAUGAAUAAGAAGCCCUCCGUGUUCACCCGCUCCUCAGCCUACCUACCCUGGAUCCGAAACGCCAUCCGCAGGGACAUGUACAAUGAGCACACAUCUGGCUGUGGAGGGCCCAAGGACCUGACUGGUAUAGAAGGCACAGUGUCCUCGAUGGGUUACCCGGGCAGCUAUAGCAACAAAGCCAGCUGUCAGUGGAACAUCCAGGUGCCCGAUGGCAAACUCGUCCACCUACGCUUCCACAAUUUCUCCCUGGAGGAGAGCCAGAUGUGCCUGAAUGACAAAGUCAUUCUCAGUGACAGAUUAGGAAGUCUAGGCAGACACUGCAGCCAUGUGCCUCCUAAAGACCUGGUGAGCGAUGGAAACACACUUCACAUCAGCUUCUCCUCCAAUGAUAAGGUUGUGGACACAGGCUUCACUGCCACCUGGAAGGCAGUGGAUCCAAUAGAGGCUCCAUGUGGAGGGAGCUUUAGCAGUAAUCAGGGUGAAAUCAUCUCUCCAAACUGGCCCAAGGACUACCAAUCUGAUUCUGUGUGCACAUGGCGUAUCACUGCCCCUUCAGCAAAAAGUGUCCAAGUAACCUUCACUCACUUUGAGGUACAGGCUGUGAACACAUUAGGGAACUGUGUGGACUACGUGGAGAUCUUCAAUGGACAAAGCAUGACAUCAAUGGGUCGAUUCUGCGGCUUUGCCCCUCCACCCACCCUCACCAUACAGGGCGACACAGUUGUCAUCCGCUUUAUUAGUAAUGGAGACAAUCAAGAGGCAGGCUUUCGUGGUUACUGGACCACUGAUGCUGGUGUGAUUCCAACUUUACUUCCCCCUCCUGCAAACCCAUGGGAUAACAUCACUAUCGACUGGCCAGUAAAUUGUGGGAACCCAGAAGUGAAACCCAAAACAGGUACCACAAGGGUGGUUAAUGGAGAAGAGGCGAUCCCCCAUUCCUGGCCCUGGCAAGUGUCCAUGCAGGCUUCACCACUGAACCCAAUACCUUACAUGCAUGGCUGUGGAGGUUCUUUGAUUCAUGAGGAAUGGGUCCUGACUGCUGCUCACUGUUUCAUGUUCCCACUGAAUAACCCCUCCUACUGGCGAAUGUGUUUGGGAAAGCACCACAUGAACUCCUCUAUGGAUGUUCCCUCAGCAGAGGAAUGCUUCAAAGUGGAUGGUAUCAUCCGCCACGAGGGAUUUGUCUAUGAGGAAGAUAACACUGACAUCACCAAUGACGUAGCUCUGGUGCAUUUGACCAAGCCUGUCAACAUGACGAGGGAGAUCAGCCCCAUCUGUAUGCCUAAACCUGGGGCUGUGAUGCCCGCUGGGAAACCCUGCUUUGUCACCGGCUGGGGAGACGAGAAAGGUAACCUGUUCCCAAAAGUUGCAGAGAAGCUAAACCAAGCAGCCCUCCCUAUUGUUGACUUCGAGACCUGCAGCAAACCGGCGUACUGGUGGUACACCCUCAGGCCCUCCAUGAUCUGUGCUGGCUAUGAGUCUCCAGAUGAGCUCAAGUCAGCCUGCCAGGGUGACUCUGGCGGUCCUUUCGCCUGUGCAACAGGAGAAUCUAACACAACCUGGGAAGUACACGGAAUUGUCAGCUUUGGACCUCAAGGCUGCAUCAGAGACAAGAAACCCUCAGUAUUCACCCGUGUCUCUGCCUUUAAUGACUGGAUCAAUGACAACAUCAAGAAGUUUAUUUUUGAGAGUGAUGUAACCAACUAAUGUUCAAGUUUUGAAUUAAAGCUUGUAUG